AUGUCGUUUUUUUCAAAUCCGUUUGCACUAAAAAAAACUAAACCACGAAAAUAUGUUUCAAGAAGUCCACUUAAAUUACCUGCCGAUGAAAUGUUUCGUGAAUUAGGUGCCAAAUGUGAAGUAAUUGAUGUUAAGAUUGCAGAUAAAAAAAUAGUUUUUGAUACGGCAAAUGGUGAUUGGAAUACAUCCUAUAUUUCACUAACCAGUGUAUUAGGUGCUUCGAUAAUAGUUAGUUGUGGUACAUGUCUACGAUUAUUAGUGGCAUUAAUGAAAUCACCUAAAUCAAAAAUAAUAAAGCUUGCAGAUCGUUCAUCACGUCUUAAUGAAAGUGCACUUUAUCGACUUAAAAAAGAAGUUAGCCAAUUAUCGUAUAUCAUCAAAUCUGUUGAAGCUUUUCUUAAUAUUAAUACUCGUCUCGUUGUUCUUAUUGAUGGUCUAGAUGUAUGCGAACAACAACAUAUUCUUCAAAUACUCGAUCAAGUACAUGUACUUUUAACAAAAGAAAAUGAUCCAUUUAUAACAUUAAUUGUUUGUGAUCCACAUAAAAUGAUGCAAGAUUUGUCGACAACAAUAGCUGUAUCGUCAACAACCAGUCAAAAUCAAGGUUUUGAUACUAGUGUUAAUGGUCAUGAUUAUUUACGCUCGCUUAUUGAACUUCCUAUCUAUUUACAAUUAAAUAUGAGUAAAACAAGACAAUUGAAAAAAAAUGCUGAUGUCUUUCCAAAAAAGAGAGCAAAUACUCUUACAAAUGGUGCAUCCGUUCUUGAUGUAAGCGCAAAACCAGUAACAACUAAUAAAGUUCCAAAGAAUAAACGACGUCGACAACGACGAGAUACAUUAUCUAAUACUAAACCAGUAACAACAUCAGAAUUAACUAAUCAAUUACUACAAUCGGAUUAUUUUCUUGAUAUUAAUCCACGAAUUCUUCAACGUCUUAUUAAUAUAAUUGCUAUGACAGGUCGAUUACUUCGUGCUAAUCAAGUUAUAUUUAAUUGGAGACGUCUUGGAUGUUGGUCAUAUUUAGUAGAACAAUGGCCAUAUCGUAUAUCAUGGAUUGUUGUCUAUUAUGAAGAUCAUGAACAAGAAUAUUCAGAUGAUACUGCAUUGAACACUCUAUAUGAUAAAAUUAAACCAUUUCUUCCAACAUCAAAUGAUCCUCUUUUAGAACUUGAUCGUAAUGGACGUAAAUUUGAACUUUGUGUAGAACGUGGUGAACCUGUUUUAAAUGUUAAUGAUUUAAAACAAUUUCUUCUAUGUACAUGUAAUCUUGAUCCAUAUUUGAAUAAACUCAUUCGAGACUCGCCAGCUUAUUUUUAUAUGAAUAAUUCAGAUGAAAAUGGUUUCAUUAAUGGAGAUCCAUCGAGAUUUUUUGCUCGUCGUGAUUCCACUUUUGCUGGACGUGGUGGUUUCUUCCAGCAAGGACCUGCAUCACGACAUAAGAGUACAUUUUGUCCGAGAUUUAGUCUUGGUGGACCAGAUUAUAUUGGAAAUCAACAUCGUCCUUCAUUUGAUUUGCCGCUUCAUCAUAUAUAUAAUCAAGCACCGAUGAAAAAACUAGCCGAUGAUGAAGAUAGUCGUAAUCGAACAUCACCCAUUGUAUCAACAUCCGCGACUGUUAUACCACCACUGAUUAAUCAAAAAAACUCUGCACUACCAGAUCCUUGUGGAAAUGUCAAAGUCGAUUUAUCGCCACCAUUGAGUCGAAUGUCAGUGAAUGAUAUAUGUGAUUGCUUAAAGAAUGAUAUUGUUGGUUUGAAAACAGCAAUGAUACCAAUUUAUAUUCAUGAUAUUAAUGAAUAUAAUAUUAGUGGUCGAGUCUUAGCAACAUGUGAACUUAGUGAACUUAAACAAGUUCUGUCAAUGACAUUUGGUGAUUGGGUAUUAUUUAAUAAUUGGAUUGAAACUAAACGUGAAGAAGAACGACAUUCUCAUUUUAAUCUUCAAUCACAACAUUCAUCAACAGUUAAUACAAAUCAUAAUCAAAAUCUCUUAAGUAAUGAAUCUUUUAAUGAAUAUCAAUUUUAUACGGAAAAUAGUGUACUUGGUGCUGCACUCAGUCGUCUCAUGUCAAAAAAUCCACGGAGUAAUUCUAUUGAUGAAACAAGCACGGCUCCCAAUGAAGGCGUAUCAAUUGUUUCAGCACCAAAAAAUGUCAAAUUUCUCAUUCCUCUUGUUCGAUCUGGUAUAACAUCAAAUGAAAGUACAUUUGGUGUUAUUGAAUCAACAACUCGAACUAUUACUCAUGUUAAAGAUAUAUUUCCAUUAAAUUCUUCAUCACAAUCACAAAAAAUACCAACAACAAAUAAUGUUGAAGAUACAGCUAAUGUUUCUUCACCUUCAAAUUCAAUGAACAUAUCAUCAUUCUUUGAUGAAGAACAUCGUCUUGAUCAAAAUGAAACAUUUACAAGUGACUAUGAGCAACAACUUUUACUUCAAAACAAUGAUUCCAAUCAAAAAUGA